AUGGCUACUGCUAUGCAGGCCACUGCUGAGGCUCUCGGACAGCAGAUGAACAACAAUAACCAUAAUGGGGGGAAUGGUGGAAACAGGACUCAAGGUCUAAUGACAUUGGCGACCUUCUUAAAGGUCAAUCCACCGAAGUUCAAGGGGAUUACUAAUCCAACUGAUACCGACACUUGGUUUCAAGCUAUAGAGUGGGCACUACAAGCACAGCUGGUGCCUGAAGAGCAGUGUGUCGAGUUUGCUACUUAUCUGAUCACUGGGGAAGCGUCACAUUGGUGGCAGGGAACCCAAAGUCUCAUACAACAGGGUGAUGAUCCUAUCACCUGGGAUGCCUUCCAGGUGAAAUUCUACAAGAAGUACUUUCCGAAUUCCGCCCGGACGGCCAAGGAACUGGAGUUACUACAGCUGAAGCAGGGUGCAAUAUCGGUAUCUGAGUAUACGGAUAAGUUUGAGGAGUUGUUCAGAUUUUCCCGCAUGUGUUAA